AAGAAGGACUUGCGCGCGACGGUUCUCACCGCUGCUAUGGAGGCGCUGGUCAUGGGUGUCCGGGCGCUGCGGCUCUGGCGGGUCGCAUCCGGUGGGGGGAUCAGCUGGAGAUUUAUAGCAACAUCUCCAGCUUCUCAGCUGUCGCCGACAGAAUUGACAGAAAUGCGGAAUGACCUCUUUAAUAAAGAGAAAGCCAGGCAGUUAUCAUUAACUCCCCGAACUGAGAAGAUAGAAGUUAAGCAUGUUGGGAAAACUGACCCCGGUACUGUCUUCGUGAUGAAUAAAAACAUUUCAACUCCCUACAGUUGUGCCAUGCAUUUAAGUGAGUGGUACUGCAGGAAGUCCAUUCUGGCUCUGGUGGAUGGACAGCCUUGGGACAUGUAUAAGCCUUUAACAAAGUCCUGUGAAAUUAAAUUUCUUACUUUCAAAGAUCGUGAUCCAGGAGAAGUGAAUAAGGCUUAUUGGCGUUCCUGUGCUAUGAUGAUGGGCUGUGUGAUAGAGAGGGCGUUCAAAGAUGAAUACAUGGUCAAUUUGGUCAGAGCUCCAGAAAUUCCUGUAAUUUCUGGUGCCUUCUGUUAUGACGUAGUUUUGGAUAGCAAACUUGAUGAGUGGAUGCCAACAAAAGAGAACUUACGUUCUUUCACAAAGGAUGCUCAUGCUUUAAUUUAUAAAGAUCUUCCAUUUGAAACUCUGGAAGUUGAAGCAAAAGUGGCAUUGGAAAUAUUUCAACACAACAAGUACAAAAUAGAUUUCAUAGAAGAGAAGGCAUCUCAGAACCCUGAGAGAAUAGUCAAGCUACACAGAAUGGGUGACUUCAUUGAUGUGAAUGAGGGCCCUCUUAUUCCAAGAACAAGUAUUUGUUUCCAGUAUGAAGUGUCAGCAGUUCACAAUCUUCAACCCACCCAGCCAAGUCUCAUACGAAGAUUCCAGGGUGUGUCUUUACCCAUUCACUUAAGAGCACAUUUUACGAUAUGGGAUAAGCUAUUGGAAAGAUCUCGGAAAAUGGUAAUUUUUCUUUCUGGACUCCAUUUUCCAUUCUCUUUCUGUCUAUUUACCACACAGUCAUUCUUCACUACCUCCCCCGAGUCACACCUCCUCCGUGGAACAGUCUCAGAGUAAUCUCUAACAAAUAAUUACUCAUUCAUAUAAGUUUGUGCUUGAUUGUAUACAUCCACAUACUGUUUUUUGAUUGUUUUCGUUGCCUGUACAGUUAUCUUCUACCAAGUCUUUCGGGAUUUGUUUUAUUUGUGUAAGCCCAAAGUUUGAACACAACAUUAGCACAUGAAGGGGUUACCCAAGAAAUAUUUAUUGACAGUUUUUCAUAAUGAUAUAUAAACCUAGUUUUAUUAAUGACUCUACAGAUAGGAAUGAUUGUUUAGGGACUUCACCAUAAUGUUCUUGGGUAAGGGGUAUAUAAAUUUUUUUUCUCAGGAGGAGAAAUUAUCUUUGAAUGGAUAGAGUAAUUUUCUCUCUUUAGUUGGUCACAGUGAUCAUUUUAGAUUAAGAAACUAAAGAAGAAAUGUUCAGGGUGUUUACUUGGAGUUAAGUAAAAUUAAAAACAAUUUAAAAAAGAAACUAAAGAAAUGAAUAUUAAAUAAAUAGUUUGGGAAACUAAAGAAGCAAUAGUAACUGAACACUUUAAAAGGAAUGAAAAAUGUAGAAAAACAGCAGAGACAGUGUCUUACCUCGAAUAUCUAAUGAUGUUAGUCAAUACAUAUUUUUUCAAACAUUUAAUCUGGUUUAGUUGCUUUUUUCUACUGUCCGUUUUGCUUUUCUGAAGGGAUUAGAUUAAACGUGGUUCAUUGAUUCAACACAGACUUAUGAUAGUUUAUUGUGUGCCAGGUACUGUUAUGGUCUGGUGGUACAAAAAAAUGAAUAAAAUGUACUUGCUGUCUCAGGGAAGUAAUGUUGAUUGGAUAAUUAGACUUAUAAGGAGACAGUUCAGAUGUACAUGUGGGGCUCUGGCAUAAAGAAGAGGGCUCAGACCAAGCUGGGGAGUUGCUUAAGGAAGGCUUCCAGGAAUUGGAGUCUCUUAAGCUGAUUUUAAAGGGUGAAUAAAAGUGGACCAUGCAGAUACUCUGUUGGAGAAUGGGUUGGAGGUUAUCUCAGAGGAAGUCACUUGCCUACAUAGAGAACAUGAUGAAUGUAAGAUGAAUUUGAAUGUACAGGUCACAUGUAGGGUAGAUAAUCAGUCAGUCCGAAAACAAUAUGAGGGGCUUGUGUUCCAUGUUGUGGAACUUGCCUUCCUGACUUUCCUCCUCCACCUCACUGAGAUAAUAGAGACUACCUGGAGAAUUUUGAGUAGGGAAGUGACCUGUUGAUCAGCUAUUAUUGUUUAAAAGCUCAUUGUAGGAGUGUCAUGGGAUAUAGCCAUGACUUAAGCCAAGAGUUCUGUUAGGGGGAUAGAAGAGAAUGAGGCCCUAAAGUUCAGCCAUGAUAGGGAGAAGGACUGUGAGAGUUAACUUAGGCUGAAUGAAUAGGACUGUUGCUGGAAUAUGCAGGUAGGAAGAAGAGAGUGAAUUAUUGAAUGCUGGCCUUAGGUAGCCAGGUGGAGCCCUUUACCAAGAUAGAUGAUGCAGGCAGGACAGGUUUUGGGGGUGUUGAAUUCAGAUUUAGCCGUGUCUGUUUGAUGAGUCUGAGUGACAUAGAAUAGAAAUAGGGACAUAGAGAUAUCUAUUUAGACUAAAUCUGUAAUAUGCUGUAUUCUAAAUGGAUUAUACUCCAAAAGAAAAUAAACUGAUUUAAAAUAUCUUGUCACAGCACUUCAGGUGUUUUUUCUUACACUAACGAUUUUGUUUUAUGGCUGAAAAGUAAAAUGGCAAACUUGAGAAGCCUAGGUAUAAUAUGCUUUAGAUUAUAUUUUUGAAUGGAAUUAUUGUUCUUUACCUGAUAAUUUAUAUUGGUUACUUGGCCUUUAAAUCUUUCUCCUUACCUAACUUUCUGUAAUAAUUACUAUUGAAGGAGAAAGAUAAAGGGUCAUUAUAAGAGGGCUAUGAAAUGAUUUAAAAUGGUGGGUGAAGGGGUAAAACUGAAAGUAUUUAUUAGGAAAGU